UAUUGUUUUAUUUAUUUAUUUUUUAGAAACAAAAUGCAAAUCUUUGUGAAGACUUUAACUGGCAAGACUAUAACAUUGGAGGUCGAACCUUCUGACACAAUUGAAAAUGUAAAAGCAAAAAUUCAAGAUAAAGAGGGCAUUCCUCCAGACCAGCAAAGAUUGAUAUUUGCUGGCAAGCAGCUUGAAGAUGGGCGCACAUUAUCAGAUUAUAAUAUCCAAAAGGAAUCUACUCUUCAUUUGGUACUUCGUCUUAGAGGAGGCAUGCAGAUUUUUGUCAAAACAUUGACUGGAAAGACCAUUACCUUAGAAGUUGAGCCAUCAGACACCAUUGAAAACGUUAAAGCUAAGAUUCAAGACAAGGAAGGUAUUCCUCCUGAUCAACAACGUUUAAUCUUUGCUGGCAAACAGUUGGAAGACGGCCGUACAUUGUCUGAUUAUAACAUUCAAAAAGAGUCCACCCUACAUUUGGUACUACGCUUGCGUGGUGGUAUGCAAAUUUUCGUAAAAACAUUAACUGGAAAAACUAUCACAUUGGAGGUUGAACCUUCAGACACUAUAGAAAAUGUUAAAGCCAAAAUUCAAGACAAGGAGGGUAUUCCUCCAGAUCAACAGCGUUUGAUCUUUGCCGGCAAGCAGUUGGAAGAUGGUCGCACACUGUCCGACUACAAUAUUCAGAAGGAAUCAACUUUGCAUUUGGUGUUGCGUCUACGUGGUGGUAUGCAGAUUUUCGUCAAGACCUUGACUGGUAAAACCAUCACAUUGGAAGUUGAGCCAUCCGAUACAAUUGAAAAUGUGAAAGCCAAGAUUCAAGACAAGGAAGGUAUUCCUCCAGAUCAACAGCGUUUGAUCUUUGCCGGCAAGCAGUUGGAAGAUGGUCGCACACUGUCCGACUACAAUAUUCAGAAGGAAUCUACGUUGCAUUUGGUGUUGCGUCUCCGUGGUGGUAUGCAGAUUUUCGUCAAGACCUUGACUGGUAAAACCAUCACAUUGGAAGUUGAGCCAUCCGAUACAAUUGAAAAUGUAAAAGCCAAGAUUCAAGACAAGGAAGGUAUUCCUCCAGAUCAACAGCGUUUGAUCUUUGCCGGCAAGCAGUUGGAAGAUGGUCGCACACUGUCCGACUACAAUAUUCAGAAGGAAUCUACGUUGCAUUUGGUGUUGCGUCUCCGUGGUGGUAUGCAGAUUUUCGUCAAGACCUUGACUGGUAAAACCAUCACAUUGGAAGUUGAGCCAUCCGAUACAAUUGAAAAUGUGAAAGCCAAGAUUCAAGACAAGGAAGGUAUUCCUCCAGAUCAACAGCGUUUGAUCUUUGCCGGCAAGCAGUUGGAAGAUGGUCGCACAUUGUCCGACUACAAUAGCCAGAAGUAAUCAACGUUGCAUUUGGUGUUGCGUCUCCGUGGUGGUAUGCAGAUCUUCGUCAAGACCUUGACUGGUAAAACCAUCACUUUGGAAGUUGAACCAUCCGAUACAAUUGAAAAUGUGAAAGCCAAGAUUCAAGACAAGGAAGGUAUUCCUCCAGAUCAACAGCGUUUGAUCUUUGCCGGCAAGCAGUUGGAAGAUGGUCGCACAUUGUCCGACUACAAUAUCCAGAAGGAAUCAACGUUGCAUUUGGUGUUGCGUCUCCGUGGUGGUAUGCAGAUCUUCGUCAAGACCUUGACUGGUAAAACCAUCACAUUGGAAGUUGAGCCAUCCGAUACAAUUGAAAAUGUAAAAGCCAAGAUUCAAGACAAGGAAGGUAUUCCUCCAGAUCAACAGCGUUUGAUCUUUGCCGGCAAGCAGUUGGAAGAUGGUCGCACACUGUCCGACUACAAUAUUCAGAAGGAAUCUACGUUGCAUUUGGUGUUGCGUCUCCGUGGUGGUAUGCAGAUUUUCGUCAAGACCUUGACUGGUAAAACCAUCACAUUGGAAGUUGAGCCAUCCGAUACAAUUGAAAAUGUGAAAGCCAAGAUUCAAGACAAGGAAGGUAUUCCUCCAGAUCAACAGCGUUUGAUCUUUGCCGGCAAGCAGUUGGAAGAUGGUCGCACAUUGUCCGACUACAAUAUCCAGAAGGAAUCAACGUUGCAUUUGGUGUUGCGUCUCCGUGGUGGUAUGCAGAUCUUCGUCAAGACCUUGACUGGUAAAACCAUCACUUUGGAAGUUGAACCAUCCGAUACAAUUGAAAAUGUGAAAGCCAAGAUUCAAGACAAGGAAGGUAUUCCUCCAGAUCAACAGCGUUUGAUCUUUGCCGGCAAGCAGUUGGAAGAUGGUCGCACAUUGUCCGACUACAAUAUCCAGAAGGAAUCAACGUUGCAUUUGGUGUUGCGUCUCCGUGGUGGUAUGCAGAUCUUCGUCAAGACCUUGACUGGUAAAACCAUCACAUUGGAAGUUGAGCCAUCCGAUACAAUUGAAAAUGUAAAAGCCAAGAUUCAAGACAAGGAAGGUAUUCCUCCAGAUCAACAGCGUUUGAUCUUUGCCGGCAAGCAGUUGGAAGAUGGUCGCACACUGUCCGACUACAAUAUUCAGAAGGAAUCUACGUUGCAUUUGGUGUUGCGUCUCCGUGGUGGUAUGCAGAUUUUCGUCAAGACCUUGACUGGUAAAACCAUCACAUUGGAAGUUGAGCCAUCCGAUACAAUUGAAAAUGUGAAAGCCAAGAUUCAAGACAAGGAAGGUAUUCCUCCAGAUCAACAGCGUUUGAUCUUUGCCGGCAAGCAGUUGGAAGAUGGUCGCACAUUGUCCGACUACAAUAUCCAGAAGGAAUCAACGUUGCAUUUGGUGUUGCGUCUCCGUGGUGGUAUGCAGAUCUUCGUCAAGACCUUGACUGGUAAAACCAUCACUUUGGAAGUUGAACCAUCCGAUACAAUUGAAAAUGUGAAAGCCAAGAUUCAAGACAAGGAAGGUAUUCCUCCAGAUCAACAGCGUUUGAUCUUUGCCGGCAAGCAGUUGGAAGAUGGUCGCACAUUGUCCGACUACAAUAUCCAGAAGGAAUCAACGUUGCAUUUGGUGUUGCGUCUCCGUGGUGGUAUGCAGAUCUUCGUCAAGACCUUGACUGGUAAAACCAUCACUUUGGAAGUUGAACCAUCCGAUACAAUUGAAAAUGUGAAAGCCAAGAUUCAAGACAAGGAAGGUAUUCCUCCAGAUCAACAGCGUUUGAUCUUUGCCGGCAAGCAGUUGGAAGAUGGUCGCACAUUGUCCGACUACAAUAUCCAGAAGGAAUCAACACUCCAUUUAGUACUUCGUCUUCGCGGAGGCUGUCUCUAA